AUGCCGUCGUGCAGCAGCGUCCUCGUCUACGUGCGCCCGAUCAGCGGCGAUCCCGACCUCUUUCUCAGCCAGACCGCCGCCUACCCCACCUAUGCCGACUACACAUGGUACUCCGUCAUGGAGACCAACCUGGCACCGGAGUGGUACGCGUUCUGCUGCGGGACGGCCCUGUACACCUCCGGCGAUCGGCUGUACGCCGGCGUCUACGCCUACACGGGGACCGUCUACGAUAUCUUCAUUCGCGCCAACAUGCGGUUGCAAUGCAAGCGGGGGAGCGAGACGUACGAGUGCGAGACGCAGAAUCCGGACCCUGCCGUCACCCCGUGCAACAUCCGCCAGGCCUUCCCCGCAAUCGACGAGAACUACUCGCGACUCGCCUCCGACAGCAAUCCACUGGUGACCGACCACGAUUUUGAGGCGGUGGAGGGCCUCUGGCUGGGGUACCAGGUGAUCAGCCAGACGCCAAUCACCGGCGGCUCCACCGUCUUCUUCUCCUACAAUAUCUCCUCGCAGUGCAACGCCUCCUUCACCAAUCUCUACCCCGCCAACGCCACCAUUUUCAUCGAUACCAACACCAACAGCAGCACCAAGGCGGCGUUCAACCGCGCCGCGGCGCGCAUCAACGAGCUCGGCAACCUCUACAACAACGUCUCCUCCUUCGGCGAAUUCUCCAAAAUCCAGGGCGCCGCCAAGGACUACGUUACCAGUGACGCGUGGUUCGGGUGUAUGCGGCUGGCCAACAACUUCCUCGAUAUCUAUUCGACGACGACCGUCACCGAAACCACCACGCGCUGCUCUCGCCCACAAAACGACCCCGAGUUCGACUCCGAUCCCUGCUGCAAUCCUCAAGCGACGUUCGAGAACAACUGCGUGCCCGGAGUGCAGAAGUACCAGGCGCGCACGUACUCGCCGAGGAAGGAGGCCGUGGAGGAACUCUGCGAGGAGGUGCCCGGGUGCAUCUACCUCUCGCUGAGCGACUACUCGCGCUUCCGCAAGCGAGAGGACGAUCCCACCCGCAGCUGCGCUUCGCUCACCCAAGACGCACGUGCUCCUCUUCGUUCGAUCAACGAUCUGGGCGCGAUCCCAAAUUUGGGGCUCGACUUCGAUUGCAUGGCGCGCACGUCGGGUGUGUACUGCUAUGGCACCUCCCUUAACGACUGCGGACAGACCAACCAAACGUGCCAGUGGGGUUUCUGCGAGACGCCCUACGACAAUGCCGAACAGAUUGACCUCUCCACCAAGUGUAUGGUGAGUUUGAUGGACAAGCCGCUCGAUAACUACCUCCGGACCCUUUGGAACCUGUCGACAUCGGCCUCCAUCGACACUUUCCACUCCGUCUUUCGCAAAGAGCUUGCCCGAGACAAAUGCCGAGGUGGACCGGAGAUCGACGACUACGCCGAGGCCGACUCAGCUUCCGUCUGCCUCAGCACCAAAUCCUGCAACUGGGGCGCCUGCAUGGUCUAUCCCGUCUCCUCAGCCGACCGGUCGGGAUGCGAGGCUGCGUGCCUGAACAAACGUCCACCGUUUGGACCCGACACCGAGGACCACUUCUGCGGCGUCUGCCAGAGCAACUACUCCGAUUCCUGCUUCGAGAUUUCGGAGUGGGAGGGCUGCUACGUGCGGGACCCGGACAUCUUCAACCUGGGCUGUGAUGCGAUCGGGGCCUUCUCCAACGACAUCGAGUUUGAGUGCGUGUACAACGCCACACAGAUGCCCACCGUCAACGCCUGUCUCGACUCGACCUACUGUCCCUAUGUCCGCGAAGAACGAGGGCUCUAUGGCUCAGUGCGCACCGUGUGCGACGGCUACUGCUACGAUCAAACCCUCACCAGCGAAUUCGAGUGCCUCUCCGAGUGCUCGCCCACCCACCAGAACUGCUGGUGGACCGGCACGGUAUGUCGGGUGCACGACUACAUGGACGCGCCGUCGUGCCUGGCCUCCGGGGCCUCGUGGUGGGCCACCCGCGUAUGGAAGCAGGGCGCCCUCCAGACUCAAACCGAAUGCGAAGCCGGCUACUGCUACCCUCAUCUCGGCCUGUAUCAGGGGUACUGCACGGCCUCGUGCCCGGCCAACGUCGGCGGCGCGUGCACGAACGAAACCGAGUGCGCCCAAGCGGGCUUCUGCUCCGACGCCAGGGAGCUCACCCACCCCGACCCCACCGUUUUCAAAGUGGACGAAGCGGGCCUGCCGGGCUGCCCCAACUACACCUUCCAGGGGCGCAAGGGCUGCAUCGACUACACCAUCACCAACACGUCGGCCUGCCUCAGCCUCGUCCUCCCCUACCCCGGCACCACCUCUUGGCAGCGCCCUGCAAGAAACCAAAGCGAAUGCGAGGCUCACGGGAUGGGGUGCUACGAGAUCCGGUACACGCGGUUGUAUUCGUUCAUCGGGUACCCGGGCGAUGUGUUCCUGAGUCCCAAGAACAGCACCAGCUGCACCGCCGUCGGCGGCACCCCCACGCCCUACUACGACUGGCACUCGGGCACCUGGGUCUCCGGUGGGAAGUGGAAGCCACUGCAGUGGAAGCAGCGCGAGUGGCUGUCGCUGAACAGGGAGGUGGUGCAGGACUUCAGCUACGAGGAGUGGUACUACGCGCUCUACCCGGAGGCCUACGUCGAACUAUACUUCCCGCUGCUCAAGUCCGACCAGUACUGCCGGUACAACCGCAUCAUCGACGUCCUGUCCAAGAUCGCCUGCUCGUGCAAAGCCCCCGACGCGUCUGUGGGGAAGACGGCCACCAUCACCAACGCCUCGCCGUGCACGCUCGAACCCCAGAUCCUCGUCGGCGUCUCCACCCUCUGCACAGGCUUCGACUUCGAACUCGACGCUUCGCCGGUGGGGCGGCUGUACAUUGACAAGGACGUGGAGAUCACGCCCAAGUGCGUCGAGGGCCGCGUCUUCUCGAUCAGUUCGUCCCAGCUCCAGCGCAACGAUCCCAAGUUCUUCUUCUCCGACAUCUACGUCCGCACGUUGGCCUCACUCCCCUCCAACUACUCCAUCAUCGAGAACGAACACGAUGUGGUGGUGGGCCAGUUGAUCGGCGACGGCGCACAAUUCCUGUUCUUCGACACGCGCACAGUGGACAAGCCCAGCGGUGCCAUCCUCAACGCCUAUAAAGGCAACAUCACCAUCUGCCUCUUCAAGCGCCCCGACAUCGCCCUCGAGCCCCGCUUCAACCGCUUCGGCUUCGUCGCCGCUGCAAAGGACUUGAGCAUGUUUGAGAUUCAGAGUUGGAAGGUGUGGACGAGGAGGGAGGGCACCGAUAUGCUGGUGUGCGGGCAGCUGCCCUACCCGCUGCCCGUCUCCGACCGGUCGGCCGUCUUUCCGAUCUGGUACGCCGACGAGGGCUGGGAGGACACCACCUUCUACUCGAGCCAGCCGGUCGAGACCGUCUUCUUCUUCUACUUCGCCGUCGGGCUCUACGCGCUCGUGCUCAUCGCCAACACCAUCAUCACCUCCCUCCUCAUCAUCGACUACAAGGAGGAAGUGGGGCGGAUACGGGAGUCGUUGUCGGACACGAGGUGGCACAAGGCCUGGCGCAUGUUCAUCGACUUCUUCGACAUGCCCCGCCUCAUCCACUUCCUCAUCGAAAUCAUCACCAUCGACCGCAUAGUGUACUUUUCGAUGCUGCCGACGGGGGUGCUCAACGACCAGCCGGCGGUGGUGUACAUCCUCCUGGGCGAGGUCCCCAUCUACCUCUUCUUCUCCAUCUACACCGCCCUCGUCUCCUUCUGGGUGGAACUGGUGCACUUCCGGUUGGGGCUGAAGCGGAGCCAGCGGAGCAUCGUGAAGCGGAUCAAGAUGGUGUUCCUCGGGGCCAACAUCUUCAUGUACUGCCUCCUCAUCGCCCUCAUCAUCGUCUUCUCCAUCCUCGAACACUACGCACCCUCCAGCAUGAGCGGGUUCCUGGACGGGGGCGACGCGAACGACUUCCAGACGGCGCGUCAGGUGCUGUUCAUCUUCUACCAGUGCGUGGUGGUGCUGAUGGCGCUGGCGAUCUCCCUCGGCUUUCUCGUCUACGGCACCCGCCUCGUGCUCGUGCUCUAUCGCACCGAGGCCGUCAACAGCAAAUUCUCCAAACUGCGCCGCUCCAAAACCAUCAAGUUCAUCGUCGUGAUGCUGGUGUGCACGGUCUCGCUGGUGAUGCUGUGCGGAUUUCUGCUCUACGCGGCGGCGUCGGAGACGGUCGACGCCAUCGCCGCCAUCGUCUUCAUCAUCCUCGCCGAGAUCCUGCCCCUCACCCUCCUCACCUUUUCCGUCGGUAAAUCCGUGCCGACGCUGUUGUCGUGCUGCGGGCGACUCGACAGGAACCCGACGACGAGCUCGUCGGGCAAGAAGGAGGAGUCCAGAGACCCGGGGCGGGAGGCCGAGCAGCAAUGCGGCGACGGCGACCAGGGCGGGCUCGGCGUCGUCGAAAUGGACCACCGCGACGACAACGACGACGACACCAGCGAAGACGACGACGACGGGCAACAAGUGGAGAUGCAACCCACGCGACACGAGCCCAAGGAGGACAGAGUUGAGAGCGACGAGGUCAAAAUGUAA